GACAGGUCUAAAAAUAGAUAUACCUGUUAAAAGGGAAGACAGUACAGGUGUUUUUAGAAAACCCACCCAAAACAUUUUCGAUACUGUAAGAAGGGCAGAUAUAAUUCAAAAUGGAUCAAAGGGAAAUGGAAUGGAACGCAGAAGUCACUAAAAUCCAACACACCAACUAUGUCAGGAAUUCUAGAGCAAUAACUGUGGCUUGGUUUGUGUUUUCUGCUUGUUACACUAUUUUGAACAUUGUUGCCUUCAUUCAGCCGUUUUGGUUUGGAGACACCAAAGAAAGUCCUGGCGUCGGAUAUUUUGGAUUGUAUGAAAUUUGUGAGCGUGUUCAAGGAUCUGACUACAAGUGUACCGGUGAUUUCCUUGAUUUCAACACAAUCCAGAAUGAAUAUUUUCAAGCAUCGAGUUUCCUGGUUGGUGGUGCAUCCUUACUCUUCAUCUUCAGCAUCAUUUGUAUGUUGUUGUUCCUGUUCUUGAAACCAAGAAUAGUUCUCAAGCUGUGUGGAAUUUUACAGCUCAUUGCAGCUUUGUUUAUGGCUGUUGGUUGUAUCAUCUACCCAAAUGCUUUUGAUGAUGACAAUGUGCGCCGUAUCUGUGGACAGGAUGCAACAGCUUAUAACAUGGACAAGUGUCGUAUACGCUGGGCAUACAUUUUGGCCAUUGUCCUCAUUUUUGAUGCACUGAUUCUCGCAGUUCUUGCCUUUGUACUUGCUGCCAGACAGGCUAUCAUGUUCCCAGAAUUCAAAAAACUAAAAGAAGAAAUACCACAAACAAACAACUUUACUGGUAAACUUGAGCAACCUUCUGUGAGACAACAGGAAGUUCGUAGACGACACGCUUAUACAACUGCAGAAAACAGAAACCUCGAGGACUCGGCAAAAUUUGGAAGUCUAAAUGGACAAACUGUUGCAGGUUCUGUAACUCCCGGAAAUAAAUCAAUUAGUAACACAAGUUCAAGGUCAAACGACGAGUUUAUAUCUACAACGUCAUCUGCGUCACCAGUCUUACAAAAUCAUUCUAAUUCACAAAAACCAGAAGAAAAUGAUGUCUUAGAAACCGGCAGUUUGACAAGACACCAGACCUCAACACAUAGUGACAUGGACCUAAGUCUUGAUAACUCGGAAGACAUUCACCUCUAAAUUCCGUUUAAGUUUGGACUCUUCUGUCUGUGAUUUUUUUCUUAUUAUGAUAUAAAUAUAUAUUGAUUUUCUCUGAUUUUUAAGCAGAAGGUUGUUUAAUGACUUGAACUUUCAUAAUAAUAUUUCAAUAUUCAAUAGUUCCAUAUAUCAAAAUAGUUUUAUGUAUGGAUGAAUGAGGUUCUGUCAAUAUAUAGAAAUGAAUUAAAUGAAAUGAAACACUUAACACAUCUUAUAAUGAGCACUUUGAAUACAAGUUUUAUGAUUGAUAAAUAAAUGUGCUUAUAUAUACUUUAAACAAUGUAUAUUUUGUAUUAAAUAUGACUUUUGUACAGAAUGUGUUGAUUUUUAUGCAAAUAUUAUUGCUUUGUUAUUUAGUGCUUGAUAUAGAUUUUGUAUUAGAAAAUAAAACAAAUUAAAAAG